AUGUUGUCUCAUUCCCGGUGUCUUACCAGGAAUUUGGGACGUUCCCUCUCCGUUAUCCGCCAGGGAAAUAAAGUCGUUUCACGUCAAGCUAGUGCAGCCCUCUCCACUAGUCAUGGUGUAUUUUACAACAAAAGUUUAAAUUCUCAACCCCGGUCUAACGUCUUCCAAAUCCAGUACUUUAGGACAUCUGCAGCCUACAGAGAUGAAGUUGUCACAGUGAAGACUCCCGCAUUCGCAGAAUCUGUCUCAGAAGGAGAUGUGAGGUGGGAAAAGGCUGUUGGGGACACUGUGUCAGAAGAUGAAGUGGUGUGUGAAAUAGAGACUGAUAAGACAUCUGUACAAGUACCUUCCCCUGCAUCUGGAGUCAUCGAGGAGCUUUUGGUUCCUGAUGGCGGGAAAGUUGAAGGUGGUACUCCACUCUUCAAACUUAGGAAAGGAGCCGGUGCCCCUAAAGACGCUGAGGCUCCUAAAGUUGAGGCCCCCGCUGCAGCUGCUCCCUCACCCCCCUCUCCCCCUCCUCCCUCCAGCGCGGGCCCCAUUCCCACCACCAUGCCCCCUGUGCCACCUGUGCCCACACAUGCUAUGGACACCAAACCAGUUUCAGCCAUCAAACCCACUCCCGCUCCAGCUGCACCUGUGGCUCAGGCCGAUGGAGUGGCCAAGGGCGCCAGGACGGAGAGUAGGGUUAAAAUGAACCGAAUGAGGCUGAGAAUUGCCCAAAGAUUGAAGGAAGCUCAAAACACCUGUGCGAUGUUGACUACUUUUAAUGAGAUCGACAUGAGUAACAUCUCCGAUAUGAGGAAGAGCUACAAAGACGCUUUCCUAAAAAAGCACAAUAUAAAAUUGGGCUUCAUGUCUGCGUUUGUGAAGGCGGCCGCGUACGCCCUCAGUGACCAGCCAGCUGUGAACGCCGGUACAACUGUGGAGAUCCGUCCCAUGAUGUACGUUGCCCUGACGUACGACCACCGCCUCGUGGACGGGCGAGAGGCAGUCACCUUCCUGCGCAAGAUCAAGGCAGUGGUGGAGGACCCCAGGGUGCUGCUUAUCGAUAUGUAA